GUAUCCAAGGAUGUCAGUUAUCUAUAUCUACGUACUUUCACUCCUUUAGUUUAAGUUCUUAUAUAUGAAUCUUGUAUCGUAGAAUCACAUUCAACAUCGAACAUUAGACUACUCAGUUAGUCUCUACUACCCCUGUCCAUCCCAUCCCAUCCCAUCCUAUCUACUUGUCUUUACUCUUGGUGAUAUCACGGUAUCAGACAGCCAUACCCACAUACGUACACAGACACACAAUCAACCAUGGCCCCCUCAGCAAUCUCAGAGUCUCCCCCCAGAGACACAACCUUCCACCCCCCUCACACAUCACCAGACUCCUACGCCGUCCAAGCCGGCGUAGCCGACUUCCACGGCUACGACCAUGUAACCUGGUGGGUAGGCAACGCCAAGCAAGCCGCCUCGUAUUACAACACACUCUUCGGGUUCACGACAGUAGCAUACCGCGGUCUCGAGACGGGGAGCCGGUAUUUCACAUCGUACGUCGUAGCGAACAACCUCGUCCGCUUCGUCUUCACCUCGCCCAUCCGAUCGCUCGCACAUCUCCCCGCCGACGAGCCCAUAACAGCGGAAGAACGCACGCUGCUGCGGCAGAUGCACCAGCACCUCGAGCGGCACGGCGACGCAGUCAAGGACGUCGCGUUCGAAGUCGACAGCGUCGAGGCCGUGUACGCGCGCGCAGUAGAGCAGGGCGCCGAAGCCGUGCAAGAGCCUCGCUCAUCGCGGGAUAAGCUACACGGCGAGGUGACGACGGCGGUGAUCCGCACGUACGGCGACACCACACACACCCUGAUCUCGCGGGGCUCAUACACAGGGCCCUUCCUACCAGGCUUCGCCGCGCGCUCGCCCGCACCAUCCAGCGUAUCCCUGCCUCCCAUCGAGCUCGCGCGCAUCGACCACUGCGUCGGCAACCAGUCCUGGAACGAAAUGGUCUCCGCCUGCGACUUCUACGAGCGCUGUCUCGGCUUCCACCGCUUCUGGUCCGUCGACGACAACCAGAUCUGCACGGAGUUCAGCGCUCUCUCGUCCAUCGUCAUGAGCAGCGCGAACCGCGUCGUGAAAAUGCCGAUCAACGAGCCGGCAGUCGGCAAGAAGAAGUCGCAGAUCGAGGAGUUCGUCGUCUUCAACUCCGGCGCCGGCGUCCAGCACAUCGCGCUGCUGACGCACGAUAUCCUCGCCACGGUCUCCGCCAUGCGCGCCCGCGGCGUCGAGUUCAUCGCUGUGCCGGACACGUACUACGAGACUAUGAAAGAACGUCUGCGUACCGAGAAGAGGAGCUGGGAGCUGGAGGAGAGCUUUGACACGAUUCAGAGGUUGAAUAUCCUGAUCGAUUAUGACGAGGGCGGGUAUUUGCUGCAGCUGUUCACGAAGCCGUUGGUGGAUCGGCCGACUGUCUUCGUGGAGAUCAUCCAGCGCCAUGAUUUUGAGGGGUUUGGGGUGGGGAAUUUUAAGAGUCUGUUUGAGGCUAUUGAGAGGGAGCAGGCUCAGAGGGGGAACUUGUGAGAUGCCUCGUAUGCAUUUAUAUAAAAGGGGACGCGAGGGGGAAAGAGAGGGGGUGAAAGGUGUAGGAUAUCAACGUAACUUUUCUAACGAGAUCACGACGGGGCACGGCGGGUUCGGUCCAUUGCAUUGCAUCAGAACAUGCUAGAGGACCUGGAUAACCCCCAACAGCAUAUAGUAGUAAUCCUAAAUAGUAUCAGGAUCUCAUAGUUUGAGCAUAAGAAGCUACCAACGUAAAUAGCAACAAAGUAGCCAGUUAUCAUAUCAUUCAUUCGG